CAAAAACUUCAGCAUAGUAUUGUAUACAACAUAAUUUUUAUGCGCGAUUUUCUUAUUACAUAUUUUGUUGAUAAAGAAAUGAAGGUGUCCGGCUUAAGAGAGCGCAUGACGAUUAAGUACAAUAAUCCAAAUCCACUCUUCAAGAAAUGGCUCCAAGAAUGGUUGAAGCACUCCGAGGAAAAUAAUCUUGGAAACAGAUCUGCUUUAUCAAAAGCCCUGGAGUCUCUCGAGAAGUAUCCUCUGCCAAUUCAAUCAGCCCGGGAAUGCAUUAUCCUUGAAGGAUUUGGUCCAACUAUUUGUGAAAUGCUGGAGAAGAAACUCAUCAAGCACAGGAAUGACCAAGAAGGUACUAAUCAACAUUUAACAGCUGCAGGAUCAGCAGUGGAAGCUGAAAAACCUCAAAAGUUCAAAAGGAAUCCUUCACAUAAAUCUCCCAAAAAGAAAAGGACAAGAAAGGAGCCGUGUCCUGCAGUAAUUCCUGAUGCCAAGAAGAAAGAGACCGAGGAGCCACUUGUGGCAAUAAUGUCUGCUAAUAUGUUCCAAAUCAUUUUAUUGGUUGAUACUCAAGAGACUAAAGGGAAAACAAAAAAAACAGUCGAUGCUACAUUGAAAGAACUCGAUAGCUUCAGAGAAACUUAUGAAGUGAGGCACCUCAGUGUUGGUGACUUUGCCUGGAUUGCUCGUGAUGCGUCUGGGAGUGAGCUCGUUUUGCCGUACAUUGUGGAGCGAAAGAGGGUGGAUGAUUUGGGGAGUAGCAUUAGAGAUGCGAGAUUCCACGAGCAAAAAUUUCGAUUGAUGCAGAGCGGAAUUCCGAAUGUGAUUUACAUGGUUGAGAUGUACGAAUCGCGACAUUUGGGACUUCCAUUCAAGACCAUCAUGCAGGCUGCCAUGAAUACCAACGUCCACAAUGGGUUCACUGUUAAAAUCACCGAUAAUCACCAUGGGAGUAUGCUCUACUUGAGUGUCUUGACAAAGAUGCUGAGGAGGGUGUUUGCGGAAAAAAUCUUAGUUGAGUGUCCAAAGGCAAACCUUAAAGAAUUCAAUCUCUCUGAUGAAUUUGUCUCAUUGAUGAAUUUUGCUGAAUUCAACACACUCUCCUCGAAGACACGAGAUAUGAAAGUUCGCGAUUUCUUUGCUUUGCAAUUAAUUCAGCUAUCAGGACUUUCGGUGGAUAAAGCCCUGGCCAUUGUACGCAUAUACGGCACACCAAAACUCCUCCUGAAUGCAUACAGAGAUUGCAGGAAUCAGGAUGCAGCUAAAAAUCUCCUGGCAAAUAUCAAAUAUGGAAAAGCAAACAGACAAAUUGGACAGAAAUUGAGCGAGAACAUUUAUGAGUUUUAUCACAACAUUCGUCCCAGCUAAGACCCUUACUGAUUGGGCCACAGAGUCUUCUCUAGCCAAUCAAUGUAGUGUGAGAUACGUGUGUAAACUCCAGGUUGACCAGCUGUACCACAUCCCUUGCCGAAUGAUGUCACACCAAUCACAUUGUACAUGCAGUAGACAUCAUUAUUGAAGAUCUGCAGAGGACCUCCUGAGUCACCCUGAAAUUGAGCCCAAAGUAUGUAUUUGUAUUAUUUUUUUAAAAUUGAUUAGAAAUCUUAAAA